AUGGAUGCUCCGAGGAGAGUUACCAUCAAGGAAGCGGGUGCACCGGAUUAUGUCCUUCAACCCCUUCACGUAACUCACCCCAACUUGAAUGCUAACUUUGAAUUGAAGACCGCUCUAAUCAACCUCCUACCUAAGUUUCAUGGGCUUCCCGCACAAGACCCUAUUCGACAUCUCAAGGACUUCCAUCGCAUAUGUUCAACUACUAGACGAGAAGGGUCCGAUGAGGUUGCCAUAUGGUUGUUUGCUUUCCCUUUCUCUCUUGAGGACAAGGCUAAAGAAUGGUUCUACACCCUCUCUAGUGAAGUUACCUCCGAUUGGGACUUACUUAGAAGGGGAUUCUUGGAUAAAUUCCUACCUCCGGAAAAAAUGGAUAGGUUAAGGAAGGAAAUGUCUUGUAUUGUGCAAAGUGAGACGGAACCACUCUAUGAGUAUUGGGAAAGGUUUCGUAAGCUACUAGAUGCAUGCCCCAACCACAUGCUUGACACUCAAGUAUUGCUUGGAUACAUAUGUCAAGGGAUGCGAGAGCAAGAUAGAACCCUCUUGGACACUUCUAGCAAUGGUUCUUUGUCCAAAUAUAAGACCGCAGAGGAGGCAUGGCAACUUAUUAUUGACUUAGCCGAAUCCAAUCAACAUAUGAGGCGAAGAGUCAAUCGUUCAAGGACCGUGAAUGAGGUAUCAACUAGUAGUGAAACCACCGCUCUAACUCAAUCCUUGAAUGAGAUGACAUCCAUCUUGAGGCAACUCCAAUUGAACCAACAACAACCACAACCUCAAUCAUACCAACAACAACACCCUCCACCACCUCAACAACACAACCAACAAUUGGUCCCUCAAAGAGUAUGUGGCAUUUGCUCUUGCUACUCUCACUACAUGGAUGAGUGCCCAAGCCUUCAAGAAGAUAAUACCUUGGCGGCUACCCAUAAUUUCUAUGAUCGCCCCAAUCAAGGAUACUACCAAGGCGGUAAUCCUAACCAAGGACCACCACCCAACCAAUCACAAGCUCCUCAACUCACAUAUGCAACCACCCCCUCCAACCAAUACGAAACACUCCGAACCAUUAUCCAAGGCCAAAAGGAACUACAAAACACACUUGCUUCCGGUCUCACCGGCCUCACCUCUACACUACAAGCUCUUCUUGCACGCAUGGAUACACCAUCAACUCCCACUCCUCAACCCCCAAUCCAAAGUGUCAUUCCCUCUCAACCUCAACCAAAUCCAAAGGGGGGCAUCAAUGCCAUCACUCUUAGAUCCGGUACGCAACUAAAAGGGAAGGAAGCAAGGGACUCAAGCCCUAUUACAACCGCUCAAGAAGAGGAGAGAAUAGAUAUAGAAGAGGUAGUGGAAGAGGAGACACCACAAGCCAUAGUUGAGGAUGAAGUCCAACCAACAAGGGAGACAACCAAGGCCAAAAGAACCUUGGAAGAAGAAGUUGCUCAACCACUUCCAUUUCCAACACUUGCGAAGAAAGCUAAAAAGCGCAUAGAGUUCGACCCCAAAAUGGUAGAAAUAUUCAAGAAAGUUGAGGUAACCGUCCCCCUCUUUGAUGCUAUCCAUCAAGUUCCUAGAUAUGCCAAAUUCCUCAAAGACUUAUGCAUACAUAAGGAUAGAAUUCUUGAAUUGAAAACCAUCCCAUUGGGGAGCUCUAUUUCCGCUUUAAUGGGAACACUACCCGAGAAGUGUGAUGAUCCGGGCCCUUGUAUGGUCACUUGCACAGUCAAUGGAAUUCAAUUUAGAGAUUGUAUGUGUGACCUUGGAGCAUGCGUUAGCAUCAUGCCACUAUCCGUCUACUGGGUAUUGAACUUACCACCACUAAAAAGAUCGACGGCAAGAUUUGUCCUAGCGGAUAAAAGCAUAAUAACCGUAGCGGGUGUUGCGGAAGAUGUAUUGGUGAAUAUAAAAGGGUUGGUAUUCCCGAUUGACUUCUAUGUCCUUGAAAUGCCAUCAAGCGAAACCGAGAGAGCAUCGUCUAUCCUACUUGGAAGACCAUUCUUGAGAACUUCUAGAUUUAAACUUGAUGCUUACUCGGGGAACUACUCAUUUGAAAUAGAUGGGAGAAUUAAGGAUGUUGAAUUCGAGCUGAGUGCGGACUACAUGGAACUGUUUGAUAAGUUGAAGAUCACCUUGACUCAAACUCUGAUUGUGAGAGGACCAGACUGGAGCCAGCCAUUUGAGAUAAUAUGUGACGCCUCCAACUUUGCAGUAAGAGCGGCGCUGGCUCAGCGCGAUGGUAGGGACCAUUUUAUAAUUGCUUAUGCUUCUAAGACCUUAGAUGCUGCUUAG